AUGCAUCAGUGGGCUUCCCUCGCCGCAGCGGCGGCGCUGCUGGCCAACGGUGCCGUUGCACAGUUCAACAUGCUACGGUUCGCCUGCUCCCAGCUCGUCGUUGACCGUGUCGACCCCUUGGUCAACCCAGGCCUCCGUUAUACGCCCCAUCUUCAUCAGAUCGUUGGCGGCAACUCCUUCAACCUAACCAUGACGCCCGUUGAGUACGACCUGGCCAAGCGAUCGACAUGCACGUCUUGCAGUUUCAACCAAGAUAAGUCCAACUACUGGACUGCUGUCAUGUUCUUCAAGGCCAAGAACGGCACCUACCACCGCGUCCCGCAAGUCGGCAACGGUGGUCCCCAGGGCAAGCUCGUCAACAACGGGGGUCUGGAUGUCUACUACAUUCCUAGCGGUAAAACCACUGCCUUCAAGCCCGGUUUCCGUAUGCUCGCGGGCAACGCCGCCAACACAGACGACAGCAAGGUUUCCAAGGGUAACAUCUGCCACCGCUGCUGGACGUCGACGAGUGACACCCCCUUCGUUGGUGGCGCUCCUUGCACUGGUAGCGAUACCGUCGCGAUUCCCCAAGAAACGCGCUGCAAGAUGAUCCGUCAGACCAUCAUCUUCCCGACAUGCUGGGAUGGCAAGAACCUCGAUACUCCCGAUCACAAGUCUCACGUCGCCUAUGGCCAGGGUUCCGGUGCUAGCGGUGGCGGCGCCUGCCCCUCUAGCCAUCCCGUCAAGCUUCCCCAGGUCAUGUACGAGUUGAUGUGGGAUGUGAGCAAAUUCGCCGACAAGAGCAUCUGGCCCGACUCCGGCCCGGCGUUCAUGUACAGCAUGAACCUUGGUGGCUCCGCCGCCCAUGGUGACUACGUCUUUGGGUGGGAGGGCGAUACUCUCCAGCGGGCCAUGGACAGCGGCUGCAAUCUCAACAACAACUGCCCUGCUGCUGGCCUCACUGCCCAGACUCCGGAGCAGUACAACGCUUGCACCAUCAAGCAACAAGCACCCGAGGAUGUCGAUGGCUGGCUCAAGGCCAUGCCCAUGGGCGAGAUGGCCCUGCGGGCCUAA